GUUAUAUGUCAAACAGGAAGAAAAUAUAAAUUUAUUGAAACGCUUUAUAUUCGGAUCUCUUUGUACAAAAACGGUACUUUUCCGUAUCACCAGUUACACGGUGAAAUUAUAUUAUGAUGGUGUAAAAAAGGUAGAUUAUUUCACAAGGAAAAAAGUACAGAAACACUGCUGCUGUGAAAUAUGUACUUAUAUGUUAAUUUGAUUGUUCUUGGUGUUGGAUUCUUUAUAGUUGGUGUAGCUGCCUCGGAUUGCUCCGGUUCUGCAACAGAUGUAUGCAAUAGAAUAAUUCCUGAAAUUCCGAAUGUAUCAACAAGAGAUCCAACAUAUGUGAUGACAAACGAAACGUCACAUUGGAAAUUUUGUGACGUUUAUUCAAUCAAUACCUCUCAAUGGUACAGUAGUGAAACACGAAUGAGCACUAGCUGUCCGAGCAGCAUGUACAUGUGUGGAACAAAGUUUCCUAUUUGGAUGAACGGUAAGAAUCCGGAACCGGAAGAAGGUGUGAUGAGUCGUACAUCAUGCCUAAGAGACUUUGAUAGUUGUUGUCUGAAUACCUACAAGCUAACAGCUGUCAAUUGUGGAGAGUUUAUGGCAUAUUGUUUUAUUGAUCUUCCAUCCAGUUGUCAUCAAAGAUAUUGUUUUGAUAAAAGAGAAGAAUCAACAACUGGGUCAAAACAGACAACUACACAAGCAAGAAGCACCGCAAGUGCACUAGACAGUACUACAGAAAUGAUAUAUCCAAGCACUACAAUCGGACAUGAAAGUUCCACACAUAGCUCUGCUGGUGUCAAGUACACGUCAACCAAAAGAGAUUCAUCUUCCCUGACAACCACCACAGUUACAAUGCAAAGGUCUUCGGGACGUUCUACUGAGGUCGAGGACACGACAACCAAUGGCGAUACAUUAAGCAAAACGAAAGAACACGAGUCAUCUGAUGCCAAUAACGAACUGCUUAUUAUUGCAAUAUCAGUGAUUGGUCUUAUGACAGCAGUUAUAUGUGGUUUGAUAAUUUUCAUCAUUUGGCGAAGACGAAUGCCGAAGGAUACUGAGGAUACAGACACCACAAAGGUGUAUGAGACCUUAAAACUUCCAGACGACAAGACUACUACAACUAAUGAAGGCGACAAUACAUACCGAAUCGUUAGUUUCGACAGUUUGAGAGCCCCAGUCCAACUUGAAGGAAAGUUAGGAGACCAUCACGGUAGCUUGCAAACAUACAAGAGCUACUUCUCUAACGAUAGUUACCAAUUGACCAAAACUGAAAAAGAACUUAAGGACGAAGAUGAACACUAUGUAACACUUCCAUAAUAUUAAAAAUUAUAAUUUCAGCUACCUCGUAACUUUCUGUUUUUUUAUCAAUAAUGCAGUAUAUGCGAUCAUGUUACCUUUUAAAAGGGGAUUAUUUUUAUUAAUUAAUGAUACGUCAACAUCCUUCAUGCAUAUGUAAUCGUAAAAAUUUGAGUUUUUAUUUCUAAAAGAACAUAUUUUUUUUCGUGAUGUGUUUGUAUUUUCUACUUGAUAUUUCAUCAGCUGCAUAGUUUUAGAAUACAAGACUUUAAUAUUUGCAUUAGAAUGAAACAUUUUUAAUUCUUAUCUAAACGAAAUUAAGCUGGUGUGAGCGAAAGAAUCAGAAAAUUUGAUUUAAGAUAAAUUUUGUUUGGAAAAAGUUUAUAUAAAUAAAUAUCCAAAUAAGGAAGAAACAAACAAGUGCUCAGAACAUUAUUUGACUGUACAUAUCUGUCUAUAGUUUCUUGUUAUCUUUUCCAAUCUCAGUAGAUUGUAUUAUUGUUAUCGUAUAUAACUAUAUAAAAGUAAUAUUUCUAAUCCAUGAUUAUUUUGACAUCUUUUGAAUACACAUAAGAAAACAU